AUCCCGAGUUUAACAGCAGCGUUGAAGAUUCACAAGAAGCAGAAGAAACACUCAGUACAGAGAUUUGAAAAGAGCUAAAAUGAGUUCGUCGAGAAGAGCUUGGGUUGUAGCGGCCAGUGUGGGAGUGGUGGAGGCCUUAAAAGAUCAAGGGGUUUGCCGGUGGAAUCAUGCGAUUAAAUCGGUUCAGCAGUACGCCAAAAACCACGUUAGAUCGGUUUCUCAGGCGAAGAAGCUUUCUUCUCCGUCGACUGCGGCGGUUUCCGAUCAGAAAUGGAAGCAGUCGGAGGAGUCUUUGAGGACUGUCAUGUACUUGAGCUGUUGGGGGCCCAAUAACUGAGUUAAUUAGUACUUAUAUUGUAUAUAUUCACUCCAAAUCAAUGGAAGAGCUAAUUUCACAUA